GGUGGUGUUUGGUAAGGGGGAGUGAACGAUCGAGGGGAACAAUCUGCGCGAAUCUGGCCCUUUAAAUUGCACAUACACCGUAUUCGGAGCAGAAUAAUCCAACCUCUGAUCAGGACAAGUUACAUCACCACACAGCAUUCUCUCCUUGUUGCAGCUUCAUAACUGAUGGCAGAGAAUGUCGACAACUAAUAACAUAGCCCAGGCCCGGAAGCUGGUGGAGCAGCUGAGGAUCGAGGCGGGGAUCGAGCGCAUCAAGGUGUCGAAAGCUGCAGCUGACCUCAUGAGCUACUGUGAGCAGCACGCCCGCAACGACCCCCUGCUGGUGGGGGUGCCCACCUCGGAGAACCCCUUCAAAGACAAGAAGCCCUGCAUCAUUCUAUAGCCGCGCCCCGAUGCCACCCCUGCCUCUCCGACCUUGCGGAUGCCCAGUUACAGUCAGUGGGCGCAAUUCAAACACUACUUUUUACUCAGAAAAAAAAAACUCUGGAUAAAAAAAAACUAAAAUGCCACACUUUCUUGAUAAAGGCGAAGGGGCAAUAUCCGUCUCAGCAUCAUGUAGCCCAGUGGUUGAGUGCGUCUCUGUGAAUGAAUGUGUGCAUACGCACAGAAUACCUCUGGCUACUGUCUCUAGUGCAUUCAUUCACACAGAUGUACUUAACAGGGGGAUGGCAGAUUUGACAAUUUUUAAAAUGCUAAACAUUGAGAAAAAAAAUAUAGCGACUGAGUGAUAUAAAGCAUGUUUUUCAGUCCAGAGUUGACCAUAUUACCAUGGAGUGAUGGACGGGUCUAGUGAUGAGGGUUGACGAUGUGGACUGUGCGUAGAGUAGCGAAAGUUAAGGGAGGUCGUUGUGUCAUGGGUUGACGGAAUAAGCUGACUGUCUAGCUGGCUAGUCCAGUCACACUGUGGUUAUGGUUAUUCAGUGUUAAUGAUUAGCUGUGUUAUUUUCUGAAAGUGGCUACCUGUAGAUUUGUAUGACCAAAUAUGGAAGAAAAAUAUUGCAGACAUGCUUACCUUUAUUGCGACAGCACAUUUUAUGAUUUACAAAGGGAUUCAAGACUUUUGGCAGAGCUGCCAAUAUUUUUACAGUAUUCUCAGACAAGUUAUCACUUAAAAUUCUUUCAAAUUGGAUCCACUGAACUAUAGACUUGAUAUUUGUUUUCAAUACAUUUUUGUUACUAACCUUGGCAAAACAUACUUACAUAUGAUAUCUUGAAAAAAACUAAAAAGAAACAAAUACCCCUGAUUUUAAUGUCCUCAUUUUCAAUUAUAUUAACAUAGUCUAUAUUUAAGCCCACUAUUUACUUGAAGCAUAAAGGUUUUCAGCUUAUGUAGAUGUGAUAACAGAAGGAUAGGCAAGGAAACCUCUAAUACAUAAUUGAAGAAAAAUUAUAGCCGUUGGAUAAUUCUCAGUACAUUUUGAGGAAGAAACUGAAUUGUAUGUGCCACACGCCAACACAAGACUGAGUCUCAGAAAAAAAAGACUCAUCCAAGCAGAGAUUGCUGUUCGUCUCUGAAACCAAACUUGAUUGUAAAAUCCAUGAAGAAAAAAAAAGAAAGAAAACAAUGUAUAAACUUUCUUUCAAAGUGUUACCUUUGAGACUAGCUGUUUGGAUUUGUUUGGUGAAAUUUCUUCUUUAUAUGGACUAUAUGGAAUCUGAGUCAUUGAGUAUGAUGCUGUACAGUGUUUGAUAACUAAAGCGCAUUCAUUUUCUGUGGAUGUUUUAUCUUUUGUAAUUUUUGUGUAAUAUUUCUGUUCUUCUCAUCGACCAUGUUUAACAGUUCUGUUUGUUAUUGGGAAGGGAAAACAUCUGGAUGGGCUCUGUGUCAGAUAAGAUGGAUAAGUUCAUUAUAGCCUACCUCCACACCCAACAGCAUAGCGAUCAGAGACACCCAGUCAAAGAACCCGAAAGCUCCACCUGCUCUAUCCUCUCAAAAAACUGUAGCGAAUGGAUUGAGUGUGUUGGCAGUCUAUAUUACCUGUGUGAUAUGAGUGAACUGCCUAGUAUGCAGGUCCAACGUCCCCAGUGCACUCUGACGCUAGGACAUGUGUUGUGGUCCCGUAGUCAGUGGUGUCAAGGGCAGCGUGUCAUGUUACAUAACAAGACACAAGCCUGCACAUUCUGCUUCAGUAGGGAACAGCAAGGUCAAGGCACACUGUGUGUGUGUGUGUGUGUGUGUGUGUGUGUGUGUGUCUGUGUGUGUGUGUGUGUGUGUGUGUGUGUGUGUGUGUGUGUGUGUGUGUGUGUGUGUGUGUGAGCGAUAGAGAGGGUCAGUGGGAGCAUUGUCUGCCAGUGGGCAGCCUGACCGACAGCACAGAAUCGACUAAAAAUGGAGUCCGAUGACUUCAACUUUGCCCGUCAACACACAACCACAGAUCAUGGUCUGGGCUAGCGCUCAAUAGCACUGUGUUGUCACUCGCUAGCCUUUGUGCUGAAAAUGGCAGCAUGACCGCCAUAAGUGAGGCUCUGACCUGUGGUCACUGCACAGAGAACAACAGUCCCGAGCCCCUAUAGAAAAUUAGAGCCCCCCCCCCCCCUGUACUUGUGAGUCAGAGAUAGGGUGAAGUCACAAGACACCGCUGCUGCUGAGUCAGACAGCGGUAUGGUGUCUCGGUAUGGUGUCUGAUGUCUCGCUCGCCAGUCCUCAUCCACCACCUGAUAAUUGAAAGGGUGUUCAGUACUGGAGAAGUGAAUAGAAGACUCCAGCACACAUGCCAUGGUGAGUGCAGGUUACCCUUAGUCCAGAUGUGAAAGCGUGAAAGAGAGGGUGCACUCCAAAAAAAAUCACCAUGGUCUCUGACUGAUCUGCUCCUCUUUCGUUACUCAAAGCUACAUUCAAAUGAAUGGAGCUGUUGCAUUAUUAUCAUCAAGGUUCUCCCCAAACAGAUGAGAACUUCAGUUCUACUGCAAGGGACAUAGAAGUGAGUUGGGUGACCCCGUGCAAAGAAGCAGUUGGACUUGAGCAGAAGCUGUACUGUGCCUUGUAGAGUUUGGAAUUAGAAGAGGAAAAGAGCAGGACAUGAUGCUGUCGUUCUUAACCAGUUAAAGGGACAAGUCAGCUGGCACCCCACACAGAAAUAUUACUUAGCUGUGUCUCGGCCUGUCUUGAAACUGAAUAAAAUGAUCAUGUGCUGAAAGAAAUUGACUCCAGUCAGUAAAAAGACAAGGAUUUCUUAAUCAUGAUGGACGUGUAACAGCAGUCGGAGUGUGAAAAACGACAUUGCCUAACCGUAAUUAGCCAGGUUGGAUCUGCAGCAACCAAGUAAACUGUUGACUCUUUGUACCAUUUCAGAUGGCAUGACACUGGAGUAAACACUGUGAAGGUACACACGGAGCAUUUCAGAGCACAGUUUCCUAUCUCUUCACCAGCAGGGAGUGUGAGGAGUCCACUGUGCCAAGUGUCUUUUGUUUUCGUUUCUUUAAGUGCCAGAUUCAGCAUUGCCUAGACUCCUCCAUCGGGACUAGCCGAUUAACAGCCGAGAUGUCGCCCCAUCACCGUUGCUCUUGUCAUUGGAGCUGGUUAGGUUGUGGAGUUUUCUAUGUCGUACCCCGAUGGUUACACAGAGGAGAGUUGCCAUUCUUUUUAGCCACACAAAGCAAGAACACUAAAAAAAAAAGGUGCUGAGGUAGCCGUGACGCCGAGACCUUCUUGUCCGCCAUUUUUAAACAUGGAGUGCAUUGGCGAGAGCUCAGAGUAGGCUUUAUGUGGGUUAUAUCUGUAGCCAAGUUGUUAGCCAGUAGAAUCCAGUCCCAGCCUGAGUCAUGAUUUUGUGUUAUUUCCUGUGUAUGCAUACGUAUCUUUCUUGCCUUGAUUAUGAAGAAAUAUAUCUAUUUUUUGUAAUUGUUCUUCUCUGAUGUGCCAUAACUCAUGUUUUCUUGCACACUGUUAAUAUUUUGUGGAUAUUGCUGUUUAAGAUGAUAUCAAAAAGUAGACAAAAGGAAUAAAGUUCAAAUGUAACUGCAUUUGUGUAGCCUA